AUGAAAUAUCCUCAACAAGUAAAAGGAUGGAAGAGAGUUCCUUGGUUUGAUAGUACACGUGUUCUCUCAGCUCCAAAAGGACACUACGUGGAGCUAAAGUUUACCAUGCGCAGCACCUGGUGGAAUCCACGACCAUGUCUACAGGAUAACUAUCUUGAGAUUCGCGACGGCAAUAAUCGGUCAGCCAACGUUCUUGGUGUAUUCUGUGGAGAUCACAAAACUACUGUAGUGCGAUCCAGUGGACGGUAUUUGUGGUUGGGCUUUUUCCCUGAUAACAGACAUUAUUUGAGUGCAGAAUAUUCGGAAAAAUCCUUCAAUCAAACAGGCAAGAUAUUUCUUGCUAAGUUAAUCACCGUUAAGGCACUUGGUUAGAGUCUUUCAAUUCAACUGUAAUUUCAGGACAUAACAAUUUUUUAUUCAGGACAUGUAACGUCGGCUUACAUUACUAUUACGUUUUAUUUCACAUAUGGCGGUAUUUAUUCCCUUAUUAAGUAGCUUUUUAUCAGGUAUACAACCAGACAGACGAACAGCCACAGAUAGAGACAAAGAGAAACAGACUAAGAACGAGACCGACAGAAGUCCUCCGUGACUUUGGAGUAAAAACGGUUGUCCAUACACAAUGUAUUUACCACACAUAUUAUGCCUGCGGUUUGCUUGUUCUGUAUGAUACAUAAUAUGUGUUCUUUUUAAUCAAUUGCCUAAUGUAGCCACACCCACCAUGAUCCAAGUACCCAAGACACAGACUGUAUUUUCGAACAGAACCUCCAACCUGUGGUGCCCGGUGGAAGGUGCGCCAGCUCCAUACAUUGUAUGGAGAAAAAAUGGUGUUGUUGUUCAAAAUAGUACCAGUGUAAGAUAUCAGCUUGUAGCUACAGAAAAGAAUGUGAAUUACAGCUGUGAG